UGACGCAUCCCAUAAUAUACAUUUGUCAAAAGCAAAGUAUUUUUCUGUGUGUUGUUUCGUCUAGCCACGAAAAAAAUUUUUAAAGUCGCAAAUUCCCAAAAUCACAAGGAUUAAUUUUCGUUUACAGUGAUUGUGAUAUUUACAACGGAAAGAUGAGUUUUUUCGGGAAAAUGUUUGGUGCAAAGAAGGAGCCCACGCUGACAACGGGUGAUGCGAUUCAAAAACUGAAGGAAACGGAGAAUAUGUUGCUAAAGAAACAGGAUUUUUUGGAAAAGAAAAUAGAAAUCGAAUUGGCCGAAGCUAGGAAAAACGGAACGAAAAACAAACGAGCCGCAAUUGCAGCCUUGAAACGAAAGAAGCGAUAUGAAAAGCAAUUACAACAAAUCGACGGAACACUGUCGACAAUCGAAAUGCAAAGAGAAGCACUGGAAAGUGCAAACACGAACACCAACGUAUUGACUACGAUGAAAGUUGCUUCCGAUGCUCUUAAGGCAGCCCACAACAGCAUGGAUGUCGAUCAAGUUCAUGACAUGAUGGAAGAUAUUGCUGAACAACAAGACGUAGCCAAGGAAAUUAGUGAUGCCAUUUCGAAUCCAGUCGCUUUCGGAAAUGAUAUUGACGAAGACGAAUUAGAAAAGGAAUUGGAAGAAUUGGAACAAGAAGAGUUAGACAAAGAAUUGCUCGGUGUCGGUGGUCCAGCGACGGAACUGCCAGAAGUACCAACGGAUGAACUCAAGGAUAAGACAAAAGUCAAAAAGAAGCCCGUUGCUGCUGGUCCGGUUGAAGAUGACGAUGAAGAUAUGAAGCAGUUGAUGUCGUGGGCCAAUUGAUUGGUUUUUGUCAUACAAAUUUAAUUAUAAACGAGAGAACAAACAGAAUUUUUAUCUCCUUUAUUCUUCUCAUUAACCAAAUUUAUUAUCAACUCAACAAACACACACAAACUCCUCUUGGUAAAAUUGAUCUUUCAGAUGAGAGAAGUUAGAAGUUUCUUUGUUCUUUUCUCAUAAAAAGUUUUCGGUUUCAUUAUUUUUGUAAAAGAAAAAUUCAAAAAUUUUUGUUUCGUAAUUUGCGUCGAUUUUUUUGGAACAGUCGGAGAUAUUCGGAUAGCAACUGAAGAAAUGUACAUAGAAAAGGGAAAUCUGGUUGUCGUUCAGCAUAUUUAAUGUAAGCUUACGUUGUUGCACACUGAGUCAUCAAAAUGCUUGUUCCGAAUAAUAGGCUAAAAAUCAAUAAAUUGAAUCUUAGCAAUUAAUUUUGACUAAAAAAAUUUGAUGGAAAUAAAUUUACCAAAUGCUAAUUGA